AUCUUUACCCUCCUUCGCUGGAUUCUCGUCGAAGGAAUCCCGUGCUUCCUACUACCGUUACCCUCGAAUUCUCGGAUCAUCUGUCGAUCCCAUCCACGAUCGCCCUCGUAGGGUCCUUGUAUCCCCUAAGGGCGAUCGAUCGGUCUUAUCUUCUUGGUCCGUGUUGGGUUCGAUCUCGAAGAUUUGAUCAUCUGUCGCAGACAUCUCUUUCUCCAUGCUUCUUUUUCUUGUUUUUUUUUGGUUUUUACCUCGUUUCGACAAUGGAUUAUCCCGUACGCGAUCGUUGGGAGCGAUCAAAGAGAGAUUUUUCAGUUUUCCAUCUAGGGUUUUGGUUUUGAAUUGGGGAUCCGGGGCUAAAACUUUGUCUUGUUGCAGAGGUUUGUCCCUUAGAAGCCGGUCAAGAUGUUCAGUAGGCUGUUUGGAAAGCCCAAGGAGCAAACCAAUGCCGUGGCCACUCUCGAUAAAUUAAAUGAGGAACGAUGUUUGAAAGUAAUUCCGUGUGGUGCUACCUUCCUCAAGAUUUAGACACUUGAGAUGCUUGAGAAAAAGGAGAAAGUUCUCUUGAAGAAGGCUGCUGCUGAAGUUGAAAAGGCUAAGGAGUUCACAAGAGCAAAGAAUAAGAGAGCUGCUAUACAAUGCUUGAAGAGGAAGAGGCUUUAUGAACAACAAGUUGAGCAACUUGGAAACUUCCAGUUGAGGAUUCAUGAUCAGAUGAUAAUGUUGGAAGGUGCAAAAGCUACAACAGAAACUGUUGACGCUUUGAGAACUGGAGCAGCAGCAAUGAAAGCUAUGCAAAAAGCAACUAAUAUUGAUGAUGUUGACAAGACCAUGGACGAGAUCAAUGAACAGACAGAGAACAUGAAGCAAAUUCAGGAAGCAUUAGCCACUCCUAUUGGAGCAGCAGCUGACUUUGAUGAAGAUGAGUUGGAAGCAGAACUGGAAGAGUUGGAGGGAGCCGAGUUGGAGGAACAGCUUCUUCAGCCUGCUACAACUGCUCCUGCUGCGCCAGUUCAUGUUCCUGCUGGUAGAGUACCUGCUCGGCCUGUUCCCCAGAAAAAUACUGCCGAGGAAGAUGAACUUGCAGCAUUGCAAGCUGAGAUGGCAAUGUAGUGAGGCACUGUGAUCUUCACAUCUGCCAUGUGUCUCGGAAGAUUAAGACAGCAGCUAAUGACGAUCCAACCUUUCUCUUGAGACUGUUCUACCCAAUCUCUCUGUUGAAAAGCACCUGUAAAAUUCAUGAUCGAAGUGUGAUUGAUACCUGUAAAAUUUCUGUUAUAAUUUGGAUGUGCCAUGACAGGGGAUCUUCUCUGUUGAUGCUUUAUGCGCCCGUGAUAUAAGAGCUGAUUGCCAUUUCCAA